AUGGCAGCUCCGCCACCAGGUCAGAGCUAUUAUGAAUUCUACAGAGGGUCCAGUAUCGGCACCGCGCUGACGGACUCGUUGGACGAACUCAUCACUCAAGGGGAUAUCCCUCCUCAAUUGGCCAUGCGAGUCCUACAGCAGUUUGAUAAGAGCUUGACCGAGUGUUUGCAGAAAGGAGUCAAGACCAAGACUUCCGUCAAGGGACACCUCGCAACGUACAGGUUGUGCGAUGACGUGUGGACAUUCGUGGUGAAAGACCCACAGUUCCGCAUGGAAGGUCAGAAUCAUACAUCUUUCGACACAGUGACAGCGCCAAAGAUCAAAAUCGUCGCGUGUAAAAGCGGAGAUGCACCAGAGGGAAAGAAGAGCGGAGCCAAAGCUCAAGACUAG